AUGUUUCGAAGAAAGCCUCCUGUACUUUCGCCGUUGGAAGAACUUCAGCAAACCUACGACGACUGCUGCAACAUCACCAUCCGCAAUUUGGCAUAUGAGGAUUCUAAUCGAGUGGCUGAUGCUCUCAAGGGCUGGAAACUGCUCCACACUCUGAUCCUCUACAAGAUAGAUUCAUUCGACAAACAGAAACCAAAACUCACCAACGAGGAAUUGCAGAUCCUCGAAGAACUCAAGGCUAUUCGUGACGAGAACGUGAAGCAUUUGAUACGAGUGCAACUUCGAGUCGACGAAAUCAACAGGAAAGCCGCUGCCAAGCCCAAGUCCUCCGUCGCACCUCCACCGUCACAAACUUCGUCCAUGACAAUUCCAUCUCUACGCAACACAAAUACGCCGCAAUCCCGGUCGUUGACAAAUGGAGCUGGUUCAGGGCAUCAAAGACUGCUUUUAAAACUGUUGCGACCACAAGUACCAUCGCGGGGUCUCAGUGAAGCUGCCUCCAAAGCCGCUACGGUUUCAUGGUCCAAGCCCCAGUCUCGCCGCCUGUCCGGACAGGGCACGGGACAAAAGGCAGCAAAGUCCACAGAAGAUUUGUUCGCCGACUUUGACCAGAGCUCGAUCACCUCAGACGACCCCAACUGGGAAAGAGUGGACGACCUGCCCCUCAUCGACUUGGACGACUCGAAACCCAUAUCUGCAUCGCAUUUGGAUCCCGUGAACAUCAGCACAUCCAUGAAUGAUCUUCUGCUAAGAAAACUGUCACCGCCUCCACCGCCCCGUAGUCGGAACACCAAGCAAGAGAUUGCGUCGAAAAGUACUCCCGACGUUUCCAAGACAUACAUCUAUAAGAAACCGCAGCCUAUCAACGUUAACAACAUGAUGAAAUUGGCACACCAAAAACUGCAACCUUCGAACAAGGCGGCUCGUGCAUCUAAAUCUCCUAUAAGGCAGCUUAAAGCUGCAAAUAAUACCCCUGCUAAAAUUCAAACUAAACCGAAACAAAAACUGUCGAACAUCACUUACAAUUAUGUUACCAAGAAGACUACUUCGCCGCCAGCAGCCCAACCUAUGAAACCGGACCAGCCUCAACCUCCUCGAAUUCCUAAACUCGAUGACCCCACAUCUCCUACAAUGGAUGAUAUUCUCGGUGGAUAUGAUGGAGAGCCUAUUAGUCAGGACGAAGAAUUUGAGCAACAAAAGGCCAUCAUCAGCUCUAUUAAAGGCAUAGACGAAAUAGCAGGACUUCAGAUCCUCAACGAUAUUGUGGUUCGUGGCGACGAAGUACACUGGGACGAUAUUGUAGGACUUGAAGGCGCUAAGAACUCGCUCAAGGAAGCUGUGGUUUACCCAUUUCUUCGACCAGAUUUAUUCAAGGGUCUUCGUGAACCUACGAGAGGAAUGCUACUCUUUGGGCCUCCAGGUACUGGUAAAACCAUGUUGGCACGGGCGGUGGCUACAGAAUCAAAAUCUACAUUUUUCUCCAUCAGUUCUUCGUCUCUUACUUCGAAAUACUUGGGUGAAUCAGAAAAGUUGGUGAAGGCUCUUUUUCUUGUUGCACGAAAACUCGCUCCUUCCAUCGUAUUUAUCGACGAGAUUGAUUCGUUGCUUAGUUCCAGAAGUGAUGGCGAGAAUGAUAGUACCAGGCGCAUUAAAAAUGAGUUUUUGAUCCAAUGGUCUGAACUUUCCUCAGCAGCUGCUGGUCGCGACCACGAUGAUGUCUCGAGGGUGCUUAUCUUAGGCGCCACCAAUCUUCCAUGGAGUAUUGAUGAGGCUGCCAGACGUCGAUUCGUGAGACGUCAAUACAUACCUCUUCCCGAACCAGAAGCUCGCAAGAAUCAAAUUGAGAAAUUAUUAAGGUUCCAGAAGCAUACCCUUCUGGAUUCUGAUUACAAAAUUCUCAUGCCACAGAUAGAGGGUUUUAGUGGAUCAGAUAUUACUGCUUUGGCUAAAGAUGCCGCUAUGGGGCCUCUUAGAGCUUUAGGUGAUAAGUUACUUCAAACGCCACCGGACCAAAUUCGACCCAUUAAUCUAAGUGAUUUCGAAUCGAGUCUUCUAUACAUACGACCUAGUGUUCUGUCGGAAGGCUUACUGCAGUAUGAAGAAUGGGCCACCAAGUUUGGAUCGUCAGGUGCCUAA